AAUUGUGUGACGUUGCGCGUCGGCAUUGCGCAUGCGCGACAGGGACUCACACGUGAAGCAGGCAGCAUGGCUGACAAACCCGAAGUAGCGUUAGACCGGACUCAGGUGAAAAAGGCCGUUCAGGCUCUGCAGGCAUUCCUCCAAACAAAGUCCACCAAAGACUCUCUGCUGCUGGACGACACCCAGCACAUCAGCCUGCUCUUCACCCUCUGGACGAUCCCCAAAGUGGCGCAGACCAUCCGCAUUCCUUUGCCCCAUGGUCAACGCACUGACUCGGAGGAGGUCUGCCUCUUCACCAGAGAUGAGCCCAACAUGACCUCAGAGCAGACACAGAGGUUUUAUAAGCGGCUGUUGGAGGAGAGAGGCGUUAAAAACAUAACUGAGAUCAUCCCCUACAAGGUCCUGAAGACAGAGUACAAACCAUUCGAAGCUAAGCGCCGUCUGUUAGGAAACUUCGACAUGUUUCUGUCUGACGAUCGCAUCCGCCGCCUGCUGCCGUCUCACCUCGGAAAACAUUUCUACCAGAGGAAAAAAGAGCCACUGUGUGUGAACCUGCAAAGCAAACAUCUGGCCAGAGACAUCCAGAGCGUCAUCCAGGGCACCUAUCUGAAGGUGACCAACAAAGGCAGCUGCUGUAUGGCUCGUGUUGGUCACUCCAGCAUGACUGCAGAUGAGGUGACAGAAAACAUCGAGACUGCCGUCCAAACAAUAAUGGCCAAAAUCCGGAUGAAAGGACCGGUGAUGAAGAUCAUCCACUUAAAAAGUCAAUCGUCAGUGGCGCUGCCCAUCUUUACCUCAGACCUCAAACACAUCAGCGUGCUGCAGCAGGCAGAGAAAGAUGCUGAGACUCCGAAGAAAAAGAGAGGAAAGGCUAAAAGGCAUGCAAAGAAAAAACAGCAAGGCGACACAAAGCAAACAGAUGCGACCACAGAGGGGAAGGAGGAGGAGGAAAUCCCACAGCUGGUUCCCAUAGAAACACCAACAAAGAAGCCUAAACUGGAGAAGCCGCUGAAAAAGCAGCAGCUGGGGAAAGCUCCCAAACCUGCUGCUGUGAAGAAAGGAAGAAAAGCACAAGGCAAACCCAAGAAGACGAGCGGCAAAGUGAAAAGAAAAGGGCUUAAAGUGAAAUGAGUCGCAGCAGAGCAUGUUUUUGUACAUUACCCUCACAACACGGACGUUUGACACAGUUACACAGGAGUCGAUGGUUCAGAGAAUGGUCUAUAUGUAGUCUUUUUCUCUUUGUGCUCGAAUGAAGCAGAUUAUAAAGUUUGGUAUCUUAAACGAU